GCGUUGUGUGCGAGCGAGCGCCCUGUGUUAGUUCCCGUCUUACCUGAAUUGCCCGACUGCACCACUUGCCCGGCACAGCGACGUCUAGCACAUCUUCAGACCAGUUCUAAUCAUCAAGCGAACAAUGCAGCAGAGAGUGUGCGGUCUUCGGCUGUCGUCCGUCGGCGUAGUCGCCGUCAUACUCUACAUUAUUGAUCAUUCAAUCGCCGCGUUGGAUGGAUACGUACCGGGCGAGGACUACCCAGACUUUGCAGAGGUCCCCAAAGGUCUGUCGUUCACUUGCGAUGACAAAAUACCCGGGUACUACGCCGAUCCAGAGACAUCUUGCCAGGUGUGGCACUGGUGUGUGCCGAGCAUCGGUGGCAACGUGAUGUACUCGUUCCUAUGCGCGCCCGGCACCGUCUUCAACCAGCGCUCCCGUGUCUGUGAUUGGUUCUACAAGGUGGACUGUCAGACAUCACCCGCGUACUACGCCAUUAACGAGGACCUCUACAAAGACGAGGCGGGCAACUACAUCGCGGGCAAAAAGUAGAUUGUAACGAACUCAUCUUACAGAUCAACACCGCGCACGGCUGCACUGAAUCUGCAAUUAAGUGCUCACGAUUUAUCUGAAUUAGUUAAUGUAAUUAUGUAGUUAAGCAAAUUGUGCAAUUACCCUCACGUAGUUACCCUUAGUUAUAGUUUUAAUGUUUAGCUCAGUUUAUUAAUAGCAAAAGUUACCAUUAGAAUAAUUGCUAAUGAAAUCUCUCAGGCGCUGUAAGCAAUUACAAAAAUAACGAUGCAUAACAAUAACAUCAUUUAGAAAUUAAAUAUAUUAUGACGUUUCUGUGAAACGAUCACUAAUAAAGAGUUACGGAAUCGUAAAAAAGUGCACUACAACAUGAAUCUUACCAUAUUUAUUGCUCAUAGCGCCUGGACGAUUGUGUUAAUCUCGACGUUAUGCUCAUUACGAACUGUACAUGAGGGCAACGUCGACUGGCAGCAGGAGAUGAAUGCGUUUUAUUAGCUUUACGAGGUUUAACAUCGUAUGCAAUAAUCACUCUGUAGCUAAUUACACGACCCUGUAAGAAACAACAUAAAAGAAAUCUAUUGGUUUGUGUUAUUUUAUAAUACUAGGUUAUAAAUUACCAAUUCUGUGUUUUUAUUAAUGAAAACGUAACAUUGAAAACAAAUGCAACGCAAAUGUACAAACUUUUAAGUGAAUAUUAAUUCUAAUACUUAAGAAAAAAGAGCAACAGAUAUGUAAUGUUAAAUAAGGCAUUUGACAUCUUAUUUGGUCAGUUAAUUUCAAAAGGGCAUUAAAUUAUGUCGAGAAGGGAUGUUACAAUUCUGUUUAAGCAGUAAUUAAAUUAAAAAUUUGUGAAAUCUAGAUGGAAGUAGAAUUAUUACUUUGUCAGCUGUUUGUUUUUGCUAUUUUUGAUUCCCAUUAUUCUAAUUCACUGAUGGAUAAGUAAACAAACUUAUUUUUCAAUAAUUAAUGCGUGUAAGUAAUGCAUGUAAUGUGUAUAAAUUUGUAAAUAUUUCAAGUAAUUAUUCUGAAAUUGCUUUUUUUACUCAAUUAAUUUUGUUUUUAACUAAAAUUAACGAUUUACAGAGUCGUAACACAUGCAAGGAUUCAAAUUAAAAGUCAAGCAAAGCCACGACGUAUAGUAGUCCGACGUCGACGACUGACAGACAAACAGACAGACACGACUGAUACAGCGUUUAACGUCUUGCCUGUAAAUUCGUAGCGGAAGUACAGAGCUCUGCAAAAGUGAAAAUAUUAUUUCCGUAAUGGUAUUUUUUUCGCGAAAUUACAUUUACAACUUUUUAUUUUAAAGUAUGUUGUUGUUUUGCUUUUAGUUAAUAACCAGUUAGGUCCGACGCUUGUAAGGAUAUUGGAAGGACGCUUUAAGUACAAAAAUUUGUUAAAAAUGCUCUCUGCUUUAAUGUUUUUUAUUUCAUUUAAAGUAUAUAAGAAGUGUAUAAACUUGUAGUGUAAAUAAAGCAAGAUUUGUAUGUUUUGUAAUAAACGAUUUGAAAAUU